AUGGUCGGGGUGGACAGCCGGGAUGGGCACUGCCAGGAUCCCCCUGGCACAGUGCUGCUGCCGGUGCAGCGGUGGCUGCAGUGGCAGGAGGCCGGAGGAGCGGCGGCCCCGGGGACCCCCGGCCCUUGUGCUGAUGCUGCGCUGCCGCCGCCUUUGUUUGCCUUGCGCUGUCUCUGCUGGUGUGUAAAUAAAGGAGGCUUUGUAAUCCAGCAGCGCUGGCUCGCAGCCGGCGCCUGGCGAGCCCUGCCCCGGCCCUGCCAGCGCUCGGGGCCGUGUCCUGCCAUCGUGUCCGUGCCGUGGGUCAGCUCUCUGCCCCACUGCCGGCUGGAAAUGGGGUCCAAGGUGAUCCUGCUCUGCUUCAGCCAGGAGGAGCUGGCUCAGAUUGGCUCCUUUUCUGUGCCUGUAAGUGAGCUCGUUUGGAGGUGGGAUUUGCAGGCUGGUGUUUGGUUCGGGCUCGGACAGAGGAUCAGGCAGCUCUCAGCCAGGAGAUGCUCCAUUAGUGAUGGCCAGAACUUGGUGACAGAGGACGUGACAGUGGUGGAGGGGGACGUGGCCACCAUCAGCUGUCGCGUCAAGAACAGCGAUGACUCGGUGAUCCAGCUGCUGAACCCCAACAGGCAGACCAUCUAUUUCAGAGACUUCAGGCCGCUGAAGGACAGCAGGUUCCAGCUGGUGAACUUCUCCAACAGCGAGCUGCGGGUGUCCCUGACCAAUGUCUCCAUCUCUGAUGAAGGGAGGUACUUCUGCCAGCUCUACACUGACCCACCCCAGGAGAUCUACACCACCAUCACCGUGCUGGUCCCACCACGCAAUCUGGUAAUUGAUAUUGAGAAGGAGACGGCGGUGGAGGGAGAGGAGAUCGAGCUGAACUGCACUGCCAUGGCCAGCAGACCAGCCACCACCAUCAGAUGGUUCAAAGGCAACAAGGAGCUCACUGGCAAGUCGGAGGUGGAGCGGUGGUCGGACAUGUACACGGUCACCAGCCAGCUGCUGCUGCGGGUGGGGCGCGAGGACGACGGCGUCCCUGUCAUCUGCCUGGUGGAUCACCCUGCGGUCAAGGACCUGCAGACACAGCGCUACCUGGAAGUCAUGUAUAAGCCUCAAGUGCGGGUUUCUCAGAAUUACCCCCUGCAAGGCCUGACCAGAGAAGGGGAGCCGCUGGAGCUGACGUGCACAGCCUUUGGAAAGCCACAGCCUACGGACAUGAGGUGGUUAAGAGUAGAUGAUGAGAUGCCUCAACACGUUGUAGUGUCUGGUUCAAACCUUCUCAUUAGUAACCUAAACAAAACAGAUAAUGGUACAUACCGCUGUGAGGCUUCCAACGCGGUGGGGAAAUCACAUGCGGAUUACAUGCUGUUUGUAUACGAUCCCCCCACAACUAUCCCUCCUCCCACAACAACCACCACCACUACCACCACCAUCCCUACCACCAUCACAGACACAACGGCGACGACAGAACCGGCAGUUCACGGCUUUACUCAGUUGCCCAAUUCGGCCGAGGAGCUGGACUAUGGGGAUCUCUCAGGUACAUCUGUGCCGCCCACAGCCUCAGGCGAGGCUCUGCCGACUGAGCCGCUCAGUAACGCGUCCCUUGCCUCCCGCCCAGAUUCCCGCGCGGGUGAGGAGGGCGCCAUACGCAGCGUGGACCAUGCCGUGGUUGGUGGCGUCGUGGCUGUCGUCGUCUUUGCCAUGCUUUGCCUGCUCAUCAUUUUAGGGCGAUAUUUUGCCAGACAUAAAGGUACAUACUUCACUCACGAAGCCAAAGGAGCAGAUGAUGCGGCCGACGCAGACACAGCCAUCAUCAACGCAGAGGGGGGACAAAACAACUCCGAGGAAAAGAAAGAGUACUUCAUCUAGAGCAGCCUUGGUUCCCAUGAGGUGUCCAACCGUGGACGGUUACUACUGGCCCUAUUUAAACGCUACAAAGACAGUGAUCUUGGAAGUUGCAACCAGCUUGUGUCUUUUUUUUUUAAGGAAAAAAAAAAGCAAAUGGGUGGAGAGCAGUGAGGCCGGGAAGGUCUGGGAUUUGCUGUGUAAAAAUAUUCCUCGUAAAGUACACUCUGCUGUUCGACACCUCAG